AAUAAAAAUAUCUCAUCCAACAUAUAGAGAAAAGAGUUUGAAGAGACUAAAAAACAUAUUAAUGGAAAACUCUUAUCCAGUAGGACUACUUAAUAAAUUAAUUUUUAGUACUGCUACCUCUCCAGCUUCCAUCACAUUGAUUGACAAUACCAACAAUAAAAAACCACCCACAGUGAAUAUGGCAAGCCAAGAAAGAAACACUAGCCCAACAAUCGACACCUUAGUACCAACAACACCACAAACAUUUGGAUCUUUACCUUAUAUUCCAUUCUUAACACCAAAACUUCUCAAAUUAUUUAAAGGACUCGAAAACAUAAAAAUUGCUACCAGAAACGUUAAAACUAUAGCACAUUUAUACACCAAAACUAAAGAUCCACUUACGACUAAGGAAAGUUCAAAAGUUGUGUAUCAAAUACCUUGCUCAGACUGCGAUAAGGUUUAUAUAGGAGAAACAUCUCGGACAUUACACAGCAGAAUAAUUUCCCACAGAAGUGAUAUUAAUACAAAAAAAUCGCAAGCUUGUGCAUUAGCAGAUCACUCAAUUAAUCUAAAUCAUACAUUUAAUUUUUCACAAGCGUCAAUCUUAGAGAGGGUGAAAAAUGAACAGAAAAGGUUAUUUGUAGAAAUGACACACAUCCAGAAAAAUAGAAAAUGUAUAAAUAGAAAGUCAGAUAUAGACAAAUUAAGUAACAUUUAUUGUUACAUAUUAGCAUAUCAACAAACAUUUGACACAACAUCAUAAUCUGAUUUUCUAUCGUACAUUCCACCAUUAAAAAUUCAUUUUAUGCUGGUAGACACAUUGACUGGACUAAUUUACUUUACAUCAAUCAAAUUAAUAACUGUAAUUAUAAAAAAAACUAUUGUUACUGGUUUUGCUUUCCUUCUAAAGAAAUGGUAUACACUUCAUACAUGUUGAACAACGAACCAUGGACACAACAUAAUGUAAUAGAUUGACUAAAAUUAUUUAAAUAUUUUAAUAUGUGUGUGAUUGUCCUUCUAGUAAAGUUUCAACUUUUUCAACCAAUCUCAACGACUAAUGUCUUGAAAAAGAAUUAAAUAUAAUUCGAAAGCUUGACAGUAAGUCAAAGAGUUUUCUUUGUCUUGUGGGCCAAAUAAACUGACUGCAUCCUCAAGAGUCACUACUUGAU